ACUCGAUCUGGCUGAAUGUGACCAUGUACUACUACAAAGAUGCAAUCCUUCACUAUCUCAAUACGUUGCUGGAAUUGAACAGACAACUUGUCGAUGAAUACUUAAUCACGACGGAGGGACAUAAAGAGGGUGGUCAAAUUCUUCUCAACGUCUCAAUUCCGACCAACAUAACGCAAACGUUCAUCUCGAUAAGCUUAUUUCUCACAUUCCCCAAUUCUCCAUGGUACCUGUACAGCUACAUUUAUUCUCCUGAUCAUGGAUGGUGGUGGCUCAUUCCGGGUGCAAUUCAGGAGUACCUCAUGGUCGGUCAGAUCUUGUCAGUCUACCUUCUCAUCGCAUGGAUUACUGUAGCACAUGCAAACAGUGUCGAGUUCUGGCUACAAGAAGCUCACAAACUGAACGAUUCUGACAUGACGAAAAAAGAACUUCGCUAUGCCCACAACGCGAUAAAAGUGUACCGCCGCCUGCAAAUCUUGACCACCCUUUUUAAUGAUGCCAUGGCUCCAAUGGCUGUCGCCGUGGUCAAAGUGAUCAAUUGGACAGCCCUUAUCCCAUGCGGAUUUGUGCUAAUUCGCUCGAUGAAUGGGAAAAUUGUGGAGGAAUUUCCUGGCAUUCUGACAUAUCCUUUUGGUGUUAUUGAUUGCGUGACAUGUUCGUACGGGCUGCUGCAAAUGUCGGCCAGGAUGUACGAUAUUUCUGCAAGUUUGCUAACUUCAUGGAGUCAAACAAGGCAUAAAGCACUGAGGAAGAUUUUAGUCUCUUGUCCCGUACUUAAAGUUAAGAUUGGACGGUUGUACUUUGUCACGACGUCAACAACGGUCACAUAUUUUAAAUCCUGUUUGGACUACAUUAUUAAUGCUAUCGUUUCGUUCGAAUGAAGAGCUUACGAGGUGAGGUAGAUACAAAUGUACUUAUGUACCUAACAUGAAAGGGCAAUUUAAUAUUUCGCACGAUUUGUGCCUGGUAUCUGCAAUUAUUUAUGGUUUUAUUAAUAAUACAUAGAUUGCCGUGCUACAUAUGUGUGUUGUGUACGAGUUGUCUAAAAAACGCAUGUUGAAGAUAGUGAGGCUUUAAUUAUUUGAGACUAAUACCAUUGCGUAAGUGAACAAACUAUUAGAAUAUUUAUGUAUGUACCACCUGAAUGUCUGAUUUGUGUACAAUUACAACUAUGUGCUACCUUUUGAAUUAGCAAAGUUGUGCUACUGCUAAAAUUGUCAUAAGAUUUAUGCUAAUUGCUCAAUUUACAAAAUUUCGACUAAAUGUAUCAUUAUAACAUGUAUAACUGAAUUGCCACCCAUGUCAAGGUACGACCAGGACCAACUAUCUGUAUUAUGUACGAAUAUGCAUGUAAAAUGUUCAUCACUUAAAUUUAAUUCAUCGUCGGUAUUUCAUUAUCGCAAAUGCUACCCUUCCUCUAUGUAAAUAUGCACUUUGCAAUUUUAUCAAAUAUUUGCACAUAUAUAUAUGUCCUUUAUCCUGGAGGUUACAUAAUAAAUACAGCCCCACCCUCGUCCACCUGGUCAGUAUAAU